CCAUCUUUAAAAAAAUUUCUCAUCUAUUAUUGAACUUAUUAUAUGUACAACUAGAAAUAUUAUAAUAUAUAAUUUAAAAGACAAGUUGGGUAAAGUUUAUGCAUACACAAUGCAUAAUAACCUUCCAUAGCAGUAGUAAAGUUAAGGUUGAAUGGCAAAACGACAUCGUCUUUCCUAAGAAAUAUAACCCCACGCGCCGCCGCCGCCUCUGAACAAUGGAUCGGCCGCGCUUCAUGGUGAUGACAUACCCAGCUCAGGGCCAGAUAAACCCAUCUCUGCAAUUCGCCAAGCGUCUCGCCACCGUCGGCGCCGACGUCACCUUCGUCCUACCUCUCUCCGCCUACAGCCGCAUGUCAAAGUGUUCGGAACCGGUUACACAGAACGGGUCGGCCAUGAGUUUUGCACCGUUUUCCAUAGAUGGAUAUGACGACGGGUUCAAGCGCGGAGGCGACAUGAAUCACUACAGGUCGGAGAUGAGGCGUUGCGGGUCUCAAACCAUAACCGAUCUCGUCGUUUCGGGGCAAAACGACGGCCGACCGUACUGUUGCUUUGUCUACACACUCCUCCUCACGUGGGCAGGGAGCGCCGCCGCCGAGCUCGGAAUCCCAUCUGUUCUGUUGUGGAUUCAACCGGCCACGGUUUUCGAUGUGUACUAUUUUUUCUUCAAUGGUUAUGCGGAUAUUAUAAAGGAGACCAUGAGCAAACGACAAUCUCCUACGAAAACGACACUUCCGGGGUUGUCGUUGGAGUUCGGACGACGUGAGUUACCGUCGUUUAUGGACGUUGAAGACGCUUAUUCCUUCUUUCUACCACAGUUUGAAGAACAGUUCGAGAUGGUUUCGAAGCAAAAUCACCAGAGAUCAGUACUCGUCAACACUUUCGAUGAGUUAGAAGCUGAAGCUUUGAGAGCGGUUAGUGAUCUGAAUUUGAUCGGAAUCGGGCCUCUAAUUCCGUCAGCUUUUUCCGACGAGAACGAUCCUUCCGAUAAGUCGUUCGGCGGAGAUAUUUUCCGCGGGUCCGAAGACAACAAAGGGACUAGUAUUUUCCAGUGGCUGAACUCGAAGCCCAAAACGACAGUGGUUUACGUGUCGUUUGGGAGUAUUCUAGAUUUGUCGAAACAACAAAUGGAGGAAAUCGCUAAAGGGUUAUUAUCUUUUGGCCGAACUUUCUUGUGGGUCAUAAGGGAGAAGAGUGAGAAAGUGGAAAACCACAAAGAUUGUGAUGACGAUAACGAUGAGUUGGUGAGUUGCAGAGAAGAGUUGGAAAAGCUUGGAAUGAUAGUGCCAUGGUGUUCUCAAAUGGAGGUUUUGAGUAACGAGUCAAUCGGGUGUUUUGUGACUCACUGUGGCUGGAACUCGACGUUGGAGAGCUUGGCUUCCGGUGUUCCAAUGGUGGCUUUUCCGAGAUGGUCCGAUCAAGGGACUAAUGCAAAGCUCAUAGAAGAAGAGUGGAAAAUUGGGGUGAGAGUGAAGCCCAACGAGGAUGAAAUCGUCGACAGUGAAGAGAUUAGGAGGUGUUUGGAGCUGGUUAUGGGGAAGGAAAAUGAAGAAAUGAGAAGGAAUGGAAAGAAAUGGAAGGAGUUGGCUAAAGGAGCUGUGAAAGAAGGUGGUUCUUCUGAUAAAAAUCUCAAGUCUUUUGUUGCAGAAAUGAAUAAUUAUAUAUAGUAACUUAUUAUUUAAAAGCAAUUUAUCUUAAUUUAAAAGCACAAUAUUUGUGGUCAUUAUUCCUCUCUAAAUUAUAUCACUUGUAACGAUUUAAUCGAUUCUCCAAUUUUCAGAUUUAUAAUUGUUUAUUAUUAA